AUGGUGCAAAAGCCCCAAAUUCUGUGCCUGGCACUUGCGCAGGAUGGAGCCCAGCACUACCUGUGUUGGUCCUUGCAGAAUAAUGGGGAAGGUGCCUGACCCUGCAACGCACAGCCCAGGCAUGUGUGCACUCAUUGCAGCCCACCCCAUGGCUCCAAGGGGUCAUCAGAUGCUCAAUAUGGGGAAAAGUUCAAAUAAAACCGCUAAUAUUGCCAUUGCAGAGGAGCACUGAGACACAAUGCCACAGACACCCCCCCCCCCCCAGCUCCCAGGUGGUGGUUGGAGGUGGCAAAGGGGGGUUAUGGGGUAGCUCAUCCCUCAGAGCGUCUCUUUGUGCCUCUCAUCUCAGCCUCCCUGCCAGGGUGUUGUGAAACACAAGCUGCUUUUAGGAGUUCAGGAUCUUCCAAGUGGACUAUUUAAAGCUGAAUUUCUGGCUGAGAGGGGGAGGCAGCCCCUGCCACAGUACUGAAGGGCAACAGCAGCCCCCACUUCCUCGCUGGGUAGAGGAACCAGGGAUAUUUUAAAGCCUGACAUCCCCCAGCUUGUCCAGCACGCUUCCCCCACCUGAAUUUCAGUAUGACACCGGUGUCAUGCUACUUCCCAGAAUAAUCUGAAUUAGGGAAGUGGCUGGUUUCCCUGCAGUUGUCAUUCAGCUGUCCUGUCUAGGGGGGAUGGAGUUUGAGGGGAUGGGAGAGUUUGGAUCUCAGCAUCCCUUAUGAAGGAUGCCCUUGGUGAUAUUGGUCCAUGGGCACCAGUGUGCUCCUGGGCACUGACCUGCGAUGGUCUCCACGACACCCCUCUCUUAGAGCUGGUUCCCAUAGAAGAGCUGGGACACUUGUCACACAUGGCCAUGAUGAUUCUCUUUGUCCCAGCUGCCACACUCAUCUUUCCUUCAAAAUGGAGUUUUUCAGCUCAAGUUUUUAUUAUGCAUGUGGGAUUUUCCUUCUUGUCAUACCCCUUCUGGUACCAGACAGGGUAUGUCUGUCACGUCACUGCAAUGAUGACACUGCCUGAUGUCACUGGUGAUCAGCCACUGGAGCGGAAGCUGUGUGGGUGCAGGCGCAUACGUCUUCCUCUUGCUAUCAUGCAUGAUCUGUAGUAGAUGCUGUGUGCGGUGAGCCGCUCUCCGUGUGCCGUGAGGCAAUGGACGUGUUUUGGUGCCUGCUGCUCGCCCUCCUCCUCCUCCACCAAGCAACAUGCACCAGCGAUGGGGCAGAGCUGACUGGGGCCGUGGGCAGGUCUGUCACCUUCCACCUCAAGAACCUGGGUAGAAAAGCCACAGCCUGGAGCUUUCACAACGAUGUCAUAGUGACCGUGAAAUUCGGCAAUCCUCCUGAAGCCACGUUUUUUGACGACAACUACAAGCCACGCUUGGCCUUCCCCAAGAACGGCAGUGCGCUCACCAUCUCCCAGCUGAGGAUGGAUGAUGCUGGUACCUACACCGCAAAGACCUCGGGGGUAAAAGCCACCUUCACCCUACAUGUGUACAGGGAGCUGACAAUGCCGACGGUGACCUGUGUGGCGCAGAACUGCUCAGCUGGUGGCUGCAUCUACACCCUGCACUGCACCACGUUGGGCUCCGGCUCUGGCAACAUCUCCUACAACUGGAGCACUGGGGGCUUGUCAUGGCAGGAGGGGCCCACAGUGCUGGUGGAGGAGUCACCCCUGGACAAGCCACUCAUCCCGCUCACGUGCACGGCACAAAACCCUGUCAGCAGCCGCAAUAUCACCGUCAUCUCGCCUUCUGCCCUCUGUGCAGGCACCUACUCCAGCAGGCAGGCUGGAAUCAUGGCUGCAUUGGUGAUUGGAGCCGGAGUGCUUUUAGCAGUGGUUAUCUUUGUAAUCUACUGUAAAUCCAAAGGCUGGAGGAUCUUCCAUUUGCCCACAGCCGAGGCUAUGAACACAGAGGCCGGAGCAGAGUACAUGACUGUGUACGCCCAAGUCGGCCCUUCACAGCAGGUGCACCUGCAGAAUUUCUCUAAGGCACAGAAAGAUGAUCCAAAGAAGAUGCCGAAUGCCAGCGUGGAGACCUCCAAAACCAUCUAUUUCACCAUCCAGGCUCAUGGCCAUCUCCCCUGCAGGGGUUCCAGUGCUGAGCAAGGAGAUGGGCAAGACCCCAGGUUGCAGACGGAUGAUGAGAAGAUGGGCAACGGUAUGGUGGGGUGCCAGGAGCAGGAUGAGAAAAGUGUCUACUCGUCGGUCAGCUAGACAGACCCUGUGAUGCAGCCCCGACACAGCUCCCUCCGGUGCACCCAUAAGCCUGCUCUGAGCAUGGUGCUCCUCUCUGCCCAGCCCUGGCCCAUGGGGCUGCAGCAUCCUCCCCUUCCCUCCCCAUCACUGCUGCCUCCGAUUUGCCUGUCGGCAAGCGGUCCCCAGCCAUCGAUGUGAGGAUGCAAGUGCCGCGUAAGUGCAGGCUCAUCUGGCACAGGAGCUCUGCCCAUGUUUUGGCAUCCGCGUGGGGUUUGGGCUUCUUUUUCUGCCCUCUCUGACGAGACCAAGGAACAUGGACCAAAACUGGGGCUGCAAGUCCAGUCGUCCCAGUGCAAGGACAUGAACUGAUGCUCCUGGGAUUUGUCCUGCAGCACCUGGCAGUUCAGAGCCUCAGGACAAGAGGACAGGAAGAUUUGAGGAGCCUCUUAAAGCCCUUUUUUUUUUUUGCUAUACUUUUAAACUUGGCAAAUACUUUGGCUGCUUCCUUUGGUUGCUAAACCAAGAGAAAGCAAAAAUAACACUUGGUAGAAAGCUGAAUAUAGAAACACGUGUGCCUUUGCCACGGCAAACACAUCCAGGCUGCUGCAGUUUCGGUGCCGGCUGUUUCCCCAGUGCCUGCCGGGGACCUUCCAAACCUUGCAGCACCCCAGCACCAUGCUCAGCAUCACUUUAUGCUGCCAGCGAGCUGCUUUAAGUCCCCUGAGAUGCUGCAGGGCUGUGCCGAGGUCCAGGAGCACGAGGUGGUCUGGGCCUGGGCGAAAACAGGACAAGGAACGUGGCUGAUGCUGUUCUGCUCCAUUCCUUUGACGUGUUUGUAUAUGAGGUUUUUAUUCUUGGAUGAAAUAUUUUUAUGUGAAGUGUUGUGUCUGUGGAGUUAGGCAGCUUCCCAGCAGAGCUUUAGGGAGGAGAGCAGCUCUCCAAGCCCUGAGUGAUGCAGGGAUGCUGCAUGGCGUGGUAGCGGCUGCAUCCCACCAGAAUGCAUGUCCUGCAGCAGGGUCUGAGUGGGUUCACCCUGAGCUGGGACUUAAGGGGAACUGGGUGCCCAGUGAGCAGGGCACAGGGCAUGUCCCCACCCUUCCUGCUCCCCAAGCCCACCCAGAACCAGCAACUGCGUGAAACGCGCACAUUGGCACCAAUUUUCCAGUGCUGCCGGACAGACAGAUGCUGCCCGCGCUGGGAAGCCUCUUCCCGUGCGUGCUGCUCCCCCCUGCUCUUUGUCUUGUCUGUGCUGAUAGUAAAUUAUUCAGGGAUGAAACCGGAGAUUUCUUUGAAGUGCCUGGCACAGGAGAGCCUUCUAGGAGCUGCUGGAAUAAAAAUGCAAGACACAUCUGA